AAAAAAUAAAUUUGUUGUUUAUUGUUUACUUUGAAUAAUAUUAUAACCCUGAUUGGUAUGAGCAGAAUUUUAAAAUCUCCAAUGAUUAACGUAUUAUAUUCACCUCACCUGACUAUCUAGUUUUACAAGAACAUAUAUAUUUUUUUAAUAAAUGAUACACAGGUGAGCGAGAGCAUGCAGUAGGUUGACAAUCUUCGGUAAAAUAAGAUCGUUAGUGAUAAUGAAGACAGCGAAUUUCUUGACGUGCAUAUUAUGUGUUUAUUUAAAUAUCGCAAAGGGAAAUUCCCAAGACUCACCUCCAGGGGCCAUAGCUAACGAAAUGUGUAAAAUAUACACAGAGAAUGCAAAGAAAAAUGGUAAUUGUCCCAUUCCUCUUUUUACCUCCGUGAAUUUAAUAUCUCGUGACAAAUUCGCAGAGACAGGAGAAUUUCCUCAUAUGGUACAGGUCGGUUACAAAGGCGAUAAUGGAACUGAGUGGCAUGUUAGUGGUUUUAUAGUUAGUAAAAAUUACGUUCUUACUGUAGCUCAUGGCGCUGAACCUGAAUGGAGGGACCCACCUGAAAUAGUAAGAGCUGGAGUAACAGAUCAAGCGGACCUGUCUAAAGCGCAGACAAGGACAAUUGAGUCUAUCAUAGUUCAUCCUGAGUACAAGCCGCUAGUAAAAUAUAACGAUAUAGCUCUUUUUAAAGUUAAAGAAGAUUUUAUAUUUAAUAAGUUUGUUAGUCCAAUAUGUUUACAUACCAACGAAGAAAAUCCUGAUAUAGAAGGCAUUCACUCAGGAUGGGGUGCAACAAAAUAUUUAGAUGAAAGACCAACUCACAUGGUAAAGGUUAUAGUAGAUUUUGACAGUAACGAAAGUUGUAAUAAGACCUAUAGACGUCAAGUCCCAGAAUAUUUACCACAAGGAAUAGUAAAUAAUAAACUGGUGUGUGCUGGAGGAAGCACUCUUGAUGGAUGUCAGGCUGAUUCUGGAGGACCUUUGCAAAUUUACCGUAGAGAUGAGAGCGGAACAGCUUGUAUGUACGAUGCAGUAGGAAUUUCUUCAUUUGGAAUAGCUUGUGGAAUAGCUAAACUACCGUCAGCAUUUACCAGAGUGUCCCAUUAUAUUCCGUGGAUUGAGGAAAUUGUCUGGCCUCAAAAAUAGAAGGAAACUUUUAAAAACGCGAUCCGAAUGAUAAGAAACAAACGUGAUAGAUUAAUAAACAUAAAGGGAAUAUAUUAUUGGAGAAUAGUGUAUAGUUAAGACCAACUUUUGAACUUUUAUCAUGCAAUAAACAGUUUUCAGACACAAAACUAUCCACUUUGUACUUAAGUUACACACCAUUAUACAGGGUGUCCCGGAAAAUAGUGCGUUCCUUAAAGGUAUAGGUAGAAGGCACCAUGUAGAACAAAAAACUCUUAUAACAUUUUUUUCUAAAUGCAACCGUUUGACCAAAAAAUUAAAAUGUAUUUUGGUAUCCAAAUUUAAAUCUGACAACUAUGUGCGGUACGCAAAUUUAAGCAUAGACAGUCCCAUGUAAAUAGAUAGAAGAUGAUAGUAAACAGAUAGUUUUAAAGAAUCCUGUUUAGUGUCAAUGCCGAAAAUGUUUUCGAAUAGUGAGUGUAUUACCUAUUAUGUUAUUACCUAUGAAUGGUGUUUGUGAAAGGUUACUUGAAACAUCUAUUCGGUAUAUUAAUUAUUUUCAAGUAAGUACAACUUAGUUAUUUCAGUUCACAAGUAAACAAAUUACUGAGACAUUAUCUGGUGUAUUUAAGUUCCACUGUAAACUAUUAAAACUAUGUAAUUAAGUUAAAGCCCUCAGCAAUACUCAGCAUUCAACCCAUUUAAACCUUACUAAAUACAUAAUACUAGUUUAGUUAAAAGAUGUGUUUUUAUGUUAAAAGAUGUGUAAUUCGUUUAAAAUUAUGCAAUAGGUAUUUCAAUACAUUUCAAAAGAAAAUAAUUUUAGUAAACAAAUAGUAAAUACAUAAGUAGUAUUACCUACUAUUAGGUUGGAUUAUUUUAAAUAGUGUUAAUCACAAUCACAAACGAGUUCUUAUUAUGUUAUUAUGCCGUAGUGCGUACGAUGUUGCCAGUUUAUUAAAAUUUCCAAACAUUAAAAUACAGGUAUAUGGAAAACAAUGUUAACUUUUUUUUGGAAACGCUUAACUUUAGAAAAAAAUGGUAUAGGACUUUUUUGUUCCAAAUUGUGUAUUCUCUCCAUACCUUAAAAGAACGCACUAUUUUCCGGGACACCCUGUAUAAACACAUAAAAUGUAAAUAAAGCUAAUUUAAAAACA